AUGUCUCAUCGCAGCAAGGGAGGGACGCCGCGACAACGCAGCGUGCUUGCUGGUUUGAAUAGUAGGGAGAUCACCCUUGACUUUUGUAUCGUCAUAUUAAAAGCAUGCAGCAUCCACGCGGCGCGCAACCCCUCCACAUCCGCUCGAGGGGGAACGUCAGACUCUACCCUGGUACCACCACCCCAAAACCAUUAUGGCGUCGGAGUAUUCCUCAGCAUCGUGCACGACCAGACCGCCGAGCACUUCGACAGCCUCACAGAGCGCACCUUCACGUGGAACACCAACCUCCCCGCUAACACGAACCUGUUCUUCUUCGUCACCGACUCGACGUCGAACUCGGCGCAGUCCAACCAGAUCCACGUUCAGCCCAGCUCGGAGAACACCUGCCUGCAGCAGUGA